CUAUCGAAGCCAAUUUGACUUUGUUCGUAUCCUAGAGUUUAAACUUGUUAACAUACUCAAGCAGUUUACUUCUAUUUCUUGCGAAAGUUAAGAAAAUUUAAAUGUAUAAAAUAUGAAAAACUGUAUUUUUCGUUUGACAAACAAAGAAUUCUUGCUUAGUUUUUGGAACAAGCAAAGCAAUUCUUUGUUAAUAAAAGAAAGGAAAACAGAAAAAAGGAAAAAAACGAAUCCAUUGCAUAGGAAAAUACAAGUUUGCAGAAAAGAUUGGCAAUGGAGUUGGAUGUUUUCGUUGUUAAAUUCUUGAAAAGUUACAAAAAAAAAGCAUAUAUACGAUGGCAGUCCAGUAUCAAUUACAUGAUCUCAACUACCAAUUGUCGAUUAUGAUCUCAUACUAGGCCUGAGAAAUGGGCUGGAUUAUGUAGAAGUGACAUUGUUGAUUAUACAAUUUUGUGAAAUUCCGCUGCAGUCUGCACAUGAGAUCACUUUCAGUUGUGCGGAAACAGAUUUCCUCUUUUUCAAGACUCCAUUCUUCUUCCUUUCAGCCCCUCAGAAACUUCUCCUCAAACUCCAAGAAAUGGAACUCAACUGCAAAUCCAAACCUGAAAAUCACACACCCAACUCUUCUUCUCAUAGAAUCCUGCAAUUCCAUGUCUCAAGCAAAGCAAAUCCAGGCUCAAAUGACGCGCGCGGGCCUCGUUUUCCACCUCUUUCCUGUCAGCAGACUUCUCUCUUUUAUUGCUUUGGAUGAGAAUGGAGACUUUAGCCAUGCAAAUGCCCUCUUCGCGCAGAUUCUUGAUCGGAAUUUGUACAUUUGGAAUACCAUCAUCAGGGGUUGUGUUAACAAGGGAUAUUUUGAUAUGGGUUUUUGUUAUUUUGUUAGAAUGGUUGGAGAAUGUCCCGAAAUGGACAAGAGAAGCUACGUCUUUGGGCUCAAAGCUUGUGGAGGUUUGCAAGAUUUUAGAGUGGGAGAGUCUGUAUAUUGUAGGAUUUGGAAAGCGGGUUUUGUAGGGUAUGUGAUUGUUAGAAAUGGUUUGAUUCAUCUUUAUUGUGAGAGUGGUAAAUUAAGUUCUGCAACUAGAGUUUUUUAUGAGACUGAGACAAGGGAUGUGGUUUCUUGGACUAGUAUGAUUGAUGGGUAUGUGAAACAUCAUAUGGUUGAUGAUGCUUUGAGGCUGUUUGAUGAAAUGUGUAAAAGUCAGGUUGAGCCUAAUGGGGUAACAAUGGUGGCAGUCUUCUCUGCCUGCGCGCAGAAGGGGGAUUUGAAGUUUGCUGAGAUGGUUCACGAGUUUGCAGAGAUGAGGGGAGUUGGAUUUAGUAUGAAUAUGAUGAAUUCCAUGUUGGAUAUGUAUGCCAAAUGUGGAAGUUUAGAGAAGGCUGGUAAGAUUUUUGAGACGAUGGAAGUGAAGGAUAUGUUUUCAUGGACUAGCAUGAUUAAUGGGUACAUGAAAAAUGGGGAAGUUGAAUUAGCUAGAAAGCUGUUUGAUGAGAUGCCAGAGAGGAACGUGGUCUCUUGGAAUGCAAUGAUUGGAGGUUACUCGCAUAAUAAUAGACCAAAGGAUGCUUUGGAACUGUUUCAUGAUAUGGAGCGAGAAGGUUUGGAUCCCAUGGAAAGUACUUUGGUCUUGGUGCUCUCAGCUUGUGCUCAGUCUGGUUGUAUGGAUAUGGGCCAACGGAUUCGUGAUUACUAUGUUAAGCAAAAACGAACUCCACUUAGUGUAACAUUAGGCAAUGUGUUUAUUGAUAUGUAUGCUAAAUGUGGGAAUAUUGAUGCAGCUAGAGAGAUCUUUGAUGAAAUGAUGAAGAAAGAUUUGGUUUCCUAUAAUUCCAUGAUUGUGGCUUAUGCGUCACACGGUAAUGCAGGUAAGGCCCUUGGUCUCUUUGAACAUAUAAGAGAAGUGGGAUUUAAGCCCGAUGAUAUUACAUUUGUUGGUAUCCUGUCAGCUUGUGCUCAUGGUGGAUUAGUCAAGAAAGCUUGGGAUUAUUUCAGGGCCAUGGAAUUAUUUGGAUUGACUCCUGGAAUGGAACAUUACACAUGCAUGAUUGAUUUACUUGGAAGGGUUGGGCACUUGGAAGAAGCGUAUGAGUUGAUAAGAUCAAUGCCAACGGAACCAGAUGAAGCCAUUUGGGGUGCGCUUCUGAAUGGUUGUAGAAUGCAUGGAGAUGUGGAGUUGGGGAAAUUUGCAGCAGAGAAGCUUAUAGUUUUGGAUCCAAAAGAUAGUGGCACAUAUAUGCUUCUAGCUAGCUUAUGUGCCAAUAAGAGGAAAUGGGGCGAUGUAAGAAUGGCCAGAAGUAUGAUGAGAGAUAAUGGUGUCAAGAAGACCGCAGGGUCUAGCUCUAUAGAGCUGGAGGGUGUGUUUCAUGACUUUCUAGUAGCAGAUGAAUUGCAUCCUGAAUCGGAAGCCAUAUACAGGGUCCUGGGGGAGAUUUUGCUGUUAUCAAAGUUGGAUGAUUAUACAACACAUACUUGCCAGAUUGAUACAUUUUUGUGAAACAUGUUUAGAGUUGGAAGAUCAAACAAGGCUUCUGCGGAGACCAUAUCGAUACGAUGUCAUAGCUAAUAUACAAACAAGUGUUUCCUUGAUUAGCUCUAUUCUCUGCGGACAAAUACAAGCAGAAAAAAGACAUCAAGGUUUUAGGAUAUGUGGAAUAUUAUAAUUUUGAAGUUUGAAGAAAUUCCUAAAUGAGCAAGAAAUGAUAAAGGAUUAAACGAAGAUCUCCCUGAGAAACAGAGAAAGAUACAACAGUAGGACUCAGCUUGGGCCAUUAUACUACUCGUACAAGCAGAAUACUGUUGUUCACUUUACAUCUUCACACAAACCAGAAGAAGGAAACAAAAUCUG